AUGGCUGGUGAGAAUGUAGCCAGGCCCCAGUGUGAGGUCGCACGCGUCUUUGGGUUAGCCGGCGUGUUGACAGACCCCGUACGUGGCCGGGUGCGUCCCGACGCCCAGUGUGAGGUCGCACGCGUCUUUGGGUUAGCCGGCGUGUUGACAGACCCCGCCCAGUGUGAGGUCGCACGCGUCUUUGGGUUAGCCGGCGUGUUGACAGACCCCCGUACGUGGCCGGGUGCGUCCCGACGUAUGAGUGGGAGAUAUGAUGGGUAUGAGGCUGGUGAGAAUGUAGCCAGGCCCAGUGUGAGGUCGCACGCGUCUUUGGGUUAG